AUUUGAACCAUUUGAACUCAUAUAUGGAAUGCCCGCCUUGGGCCAAGCCUCUCAAGGUUGUGGAGACGCAAAGGUUGCUGGUUUGACCUGGGUAUUUCCACGCCGUUUUUACCACGAGAUAACACUAAGAGGAUCACAUAACCAAUUCACUUCUACUGAAAGCUAUCAAAAGCUUCAAAGUAUUUUACUUUGUAAUGCAUUCUACUCAUCCCCUCCAUUCAUCAUACUCGAAUUUGUUGUUCAGACAGUGGCAUACCGCAAACUAUAAGGUCAGUGCUGAGAAUCUUGUGUAUCCAAUUUUCCUCAGGUAUAUUAUAUUGUUUUCUCAUCCAUUCAGCCAAGACCCCGAUUGUGAUAAAAUAAUUACUAGUCUAAUAGACCAGCGUCGAAUAGGAUACAACCGAAUCAUCGAGUUCUUAACACCUUUGGUGGAUAAGCAGCUGAAAUCUGUUUUGUUGUUUGGGACAAUCAGUAGAGACCAAAAAGAUGCUACAGGAUCAGCUUGUGAUACACCAAAUUCACCAGUCAUUCAGGCAAUCAAGUUGCUGAAGUCAAAAUUUCCGGAUUUAAUAGUGAUUUGUGAUGUUUGUUUGUGUGCAUAUACUGACAGUGGCCAUUGUGGUGUUUUACGUGAUGACGGGUGCCUUGACGUACCUAGGACUCUUGAACGUUUAGCAGAAAUAUCUAAACGAUUUGCCCUAGAAGGAGCUGAUGUUAUUGCCCCUUCUGAUAUGAUGGAUGGUCGUGUGAAAAAAAUCAAGACGGCUAUACAAAGUAUUGGUCUCAGUGGAAAGGUAGCCGUUAUGUCUUAUUCGGCCAAAUUUGCAUCUUGUUUGUACGGUCCUUUCAGAGAUGCUGCUCAAUCUGCACCUUCUUUUGGAGACCGUCGGCAUUACCAGCUUCCUCCUGGUGCCAAGGGAUUGGCUCUGCGUGCUGCUAUUCGCGAUGCAAACGAAGGAGCUGACUUCAUAAUGGUAAAACCUGGUCUUCCUUAUCUGGAUAUUGUAAAUGAGAUACGACAGUUGCUACCUCAUCAUCCUCUAGCAGUUUAUCAUGUUUCUGGUGAAUAUGCAAUGCUAAAACAUGCCGCAAAUGCUGGAGCUAUCGAUUUAAAGCAAGCCGCCUUAGAAUUGAUGACUGCAUUCCGUCGUGCGGGUGCAUCAAUUAUCAUAACAUAUUUAACACCGUACCUGCUGGAACUUGAUUUGUCUGAAUCAUGUAAAUAAUGGUGGAUAUUUUUGAACUAACAACCUCAACAGUUUAGAUGAAUGAUUGACUUGUUCGCUGAAAUAUAUUGGAGUAAUUUAUAUUUCAUUUGCUUCACAACUUUGUUUUACUGAUUUCCCUAUUCCAUUGUAGUAUCUUUUCUUUGUCUGUUAAAUCAUAUGUAUAUUCUAUAAAAAAAGUGUUCCAUUCUUAUCUAUUAGCUUUAAUUCUCUACAUCUUUCUGUAUCUGUGUUUAUUAUCCUAGUUUAUUAAUAAAUUGCUAGUUUAGGAAUUUUGCGAAGAUUGCUCAUUUGUAGUGUACAUCACAGACUGUCGUUAAUGAAAC